AAUCUUUUUAUAUUUCUUUUAAAUGUUCCAGAUGUUUAUUAUGCUCCUUUAUCGGGAAAGGAAAUCUAUAAGAUAAAAAUGAAGACACUACUAGAAUGUCCAAAUAAGAAAAAGGCUAAUAAACAAAGUAAACUUGCGAUUAAACUACCAAGCCAAACAGCACAGAUCGCAUCAGCGGGAAAUUCAAUAUUUUAUGGAGAUACUCGGGCAAUGUCUAUUCUAGGCACGAACGUUAAGAAAUCCGGUAACAACACGGUGAUGCUCGCACAAGACUCCGAAAAAUUGCAAGCUGUUGCUUCAAUGAAAGUCUCAAAUUAUUGGAAUCGGUUAAUGGCCAUAUCAGAUAGAUUUCAGCUUUUUGCUGUUAGUAAAGUAAAUAUAAAUGAAAUAAACUUCCGUUAUUUUGAAAUGAAUUUAAAUGAAAUACAGAAGUUGAUGAAUUCGAUUUAUUCAAGCACUACUUGAUUUUCGUGUAUUGAACAUAUCUUAACACAAAUGCUUUUACAUAAUUUUAUUAUAAAUAUUAUAUAAUUAAUAUUAUAUAAAUU